UAUGGGCAUUGCCUGCUGAUGAGUCACCCCAGGCAAGAAGAGGCCUGCCUCACCUUCAGGCUAUGGUAGAAGCUGGAGCCUCUCAGCCUAAGGAAGAUGGAGUCUCAGAUUGUACAUCCCCACCCCAGUCCUACGAGUCCUGAUUGCCACUUUGAUGGCAGAAUGUUUCUGGUAUGUUAGGGUUCACUGGGCUCUUAGCAGCCCGUUGCAGAGGGGAACUUACGGUGAGUGGUAGGAAGUGACCUGUCCAGGUUCCCUGGGCUGAUCGAUGGCAAGCCAAUACCAGAACCUGCCACUGCCAUAAUUCUCUGAUGCUGAACUGAAGUUAUAGGUGCCUCUAGAGGUGCUGGUGGCUGGGUUGAGGAACGCAAGGGGCUUGCUUAGGGGAGGGAAACAUUAGCUUCAAGGCAGUGAGGUGCUUUGUGCUCCAGAAGCGUGUGUGACAACUGUGACUAAGGGAUUUGAAAAAGUGGCAGAUUUAUGGCCUUCCAACUCCCUCCCUCGGCAUUGACCCGGGAACAGGUGUAUAGUGACAGGGACACAUAAAGCCACAGACAAGGCUGAACAGGCGGCAGGACCAUUUGGUGAGGCAGUCAGCUGACCCCAUGUAAAAGGAGCCCUGACUCUGUGAGGAGUGGGAGAGUGGAGAGAGAAGUCGCAUUGAGCUGAGCGGCCAGCCCCCCUGACAUGAUGGCAGGGGAGGGCCCAGGGCCUGGGACCUGGAUCCCUGCUGCCUUGGUGAUCCCGGGCUGACAGCCAGAGAGCACAGCGGCUCAGCUCCUGCAGAGUGAGGGCUGAAGAAAGCAGAGGGCAGCUGCCCACGCCUGCUGACUCCCAUUAGGUCGGUUCCUGCAGCGGUGCCCGGCGGCCUUGGCGAAGGCCCUGCCUGGCAGAGAUCAUGUAUUGCCUCCAGUGGCUGCUGCCCGUCCUCCUCAUCCCCAAGCCCCUCAACCCCGCUCUGUGGUUCAGCCACUCCAUGUUCAUGGGCUUCUACCUGCUCAGCUUCCUUCUGGAGCGGAAGCCUUGCACAAUUUGUGCCUUGGUUUUCCUGGCAGCCCUGUUCCUCAUCUGCUAUAGCUGCUGGGGAAACUGUUUCCUGUACCACUGCUCCGAUUCCCCGCUUCCGGAAUCAGCGCAUGACCCCAGCAUUGUGGGCACCUAACAGCCCGCCCAGUUAGCUUUCCAAGGAAGCAGAAGACGGGAGGGGAGGCAUUGACAUAGGUCAUAAAGCAUUGGAGUUUCAAAUCCCGCAGCCCGCGGGUGCCACAUUCCUGACGGCGCCUUUUUGGCCUGUGAUGUUUUAUCCUUAUAAUGUGAAUAAUAGCACUGACCGGUGCUUUUAUUGUAGAGUCCUAUAGUCGUGGGUGGUCUUGUGGUUGUGUGUGUUCUGUCCCCAUCUUGGUCCCAGCUGGCAGGAUGGCCACCCCCUCGCUUCAUUCCUGCGAGGAGUCUGCACCCAUCCUGGUCCACCACCCCAGCAUGACCUGGGCAGAUAAAAUGCCAGUCUCAUUGUCACCUCCAUGACCCUUCCUUGUCAGGGUGUCCUCCCUUCCCAGAAUGUCCCCAACUCCUCAGUCCCUCUCCUGAUGUCCCUUUAGUUCUCUUCUACCCCUUUCCUUUUGGGGGAAGCACCUGUCCAAGACAGGGCUUGUUUUUGCACUUAUCUCGAAUUUAAAGAGAUUGCUGACGCCCGAGAGCCUCGCUUUUUCAUCUUCCUUUCCUUGGUCAGCAGGCUAGACGGAAACAUGCCUUGACUGUUUGUUCACAAAUCUCCAGUAUUUUUUCCACGUCAUUUUUAAAAAAGAAGUAACAGAUCCAUGUUGCUCUUUCACCUGGGUGUCUGGGCUCAUGCUCAGGCUCACUUCCUCUGCCCUCCCUCCUGCCUUCCUCAGCUGUUCCGAGGAGGGAGGCCUCAUUGUGUCUCCUGUGCAUGCUCUGCAGGAUUGAGGUGUGGUGUGUUCACGUAGAUCUAGCAGUCCCCAGCCGAGUGAAUGGGAGAGUACCUGUGUGUUUCAUAACAGCCAUGAUGAGCCCCUUGAUAGGCGUUUUGGAUAUUUUCAGUGUGCCGUACGUGUGUGUGUGUAUGUGUACAAAUACGUGUGUAUAUUCCUUUCCAAGAAACUUUAUCGAAUGUGUUCCGAUUUUGAGGUUUAGCAGUAGCUAGCUAUCGUAGGUGCCGCUACAGUUUUUCUUUAGCAUGGGGAUUGCAGAGUGACCAGCACACUGGAUUCCGAGGUGGCUCAGACGAGACAGAGGGGCGCAGUGGCCAUCGUCCUCGUGCCGGGAGCUCCUUCAGUUCUGCACAUAGAGACUGUGUGUUGUGAAGAAUACACAGGAAGACUUUGUGACUGUCACUCUUUUCUGUGCUUCCAUAACAAGUGUUGGCACACAAGACUUUCUCCUGGCCCCUGCCCACUGGGGAUCAGCAUGGUUGUCCUUCCGGUCUAGACCAUCCAUCUUUCUCUUGCCUGAGCCGGGAGGAAAGUGGGCCAGGCAGAGGACACCACUGGAGGCAGUCCACCUAGGGAAUGGGACCGUGAGGCCACACUUGUGGAACAUUUGGACAGCUACUCCGGAGCUUUUAUUUCUGGUGUGUUCGUUGCACAGCUGUUUGAAAUGUUUAAUAAAGCUUUAUAAACUUUA